CAGUUUUAGUUUGUUUAAAAAUUUCCUAUAAAUAUGGAGCAACAAAAGGAAGCAAUUCUCAGAAUAAAGAAUGCGUAAAACCAUAACACACUCUCUUUGCUUCUUCUGCCUUCAUUUCCUUUCUUGAUUCCCUUCCUCCUCAACCAAACACAACCCAAUUCUCCAUCUCUUCUGUGUUUGAUUUCAAUGGAUUCCACUAAUUCCAUAACAAACCACAAGCAAGAAAAGGGAAAAUUUAAACCAAAUGACCACAACGUUCUGCAGAAGCAUGUUUUCUUCUUUGAUAGGAAUCAGGACGGCUUAGUUUAUCCAUGGGAGACCUUUCAAGGGUUUCGUGCAAUUGGGUGUGGUGUGCUGCUUUCUGCUGCGAGUGCCGUUUUCAUCAAUAUGGGUCUCAGCCGGAAAACUCGCCCUGGAAAGGGUCCUUCUCUACUCUUCCCUAUUGAGAUUCAGAACAUCAAUCUAGGCAAACAUGGAAGCGAUUCUGGUGUCUAUGACAAGGAUGGAAGAUUUGUUCAUGAAAAAUUCGAAGCUAUUUUCCGAAAUCAUGCACGUACACAUCCAGAUGCACUAACGUCAAGUGAACUGAUGGGAAUGCUAAAGGCGAACAGAGAACCUAAAGACUACGCAGGAUGGGUUGCAAGCUGGACAGAAUGGAAAACAUUGUACAGUCUUUGCAAGGACAGUAAUGGUUUGCUGAAGAAAGAAACGGUAAAAGCUGUUUACGAUGGAAGUCUUUUUGAACGCAUGGAGAAGGAGAAAGAGAAGCAAAAAGCAUCGGAUAAAAAGAAAGCUUCUGUUUAGAAAUUGGCAUAAUCGUAGGAACGGAGACUCUUCGGAUUGGCUGCAGUUAUAAUGUUGAUGAAAAAAAAAUUUAUAUGUAGAUUGAGUAAAACUAUUGUUUUCUUUGUUUGUGGUAAAUGCAUAUAAAUAAAACAUAUCAACUAAAAUCAUGGCAA